CAUACGCAAUGGAAAAAAUAGCUAUCCAGCAAAUCCAAGCCGUUAAAAUUUUAUUUAGUUUCUACAACAAUGCCAGCCAGACGACAUUGUUAUCCUUGAAAACCAGACAAAACGCCAUUCCCCGCAUCUCUCUCUAUAAAGUCUCUGGCUUUUUUCCGUCUAAAAUCCACCGGUGCCAAUUCCAUGGCUUCUCCAAAUCCAAAUCUCCAUCUGGGUCUCUCUCUUCUCUCUCUAUUUCUCUUCCUUUCUCUCUCUAAGCCUACUGUUUCUGCACAGGACCCAAUUUCAGUCUAUGAAAUCUUGCCCAAGUAUGGCCUCCCAAGCGGGCUGCUGCCGGAUUCAGUAACGAACUACACGCUUUCAGAUGACGGCCGCUUCGUUGUUCUGCUGGAGAAGCCGUGUUAUAUUCAAUUCGAGUACUUGGUCUAUUACGAUAAGCAAAUUAUUGGCAAGUUGAGUUAUGGGUCAAUUACGGAUUUGAAAGGGAUUGAGGUUCAAAGAUUCUUUUUAUGGUUUGAUGUUGAUGAAAUCAAGGUUGAUUUGCCUCCCUCCGAUUCUAUUUACUUCCAGGUGGGCAUAAUCAAUAAGAAACUUGAUGUCGAUCAGUUUAAGACUGUUCACUCUUGCGGCAAUAAGGUCUCUGGGUCUUGUGGCGGUUUCUGGAAUCGAAUUAUAGAGCUUCCAACUCCCAUGGAUGAUAUUCAGAUGCUAAUUACCGAGUAGAGGUUUCUGCUGCAUGGUAAAGUAGCUGAAAAGCAUUGAUAUUCAAGGAGUCAGCAAUUAAUCGGUAUGGUUGGGACUCAGAAAUCAGGAGUAUGUGAGAGUCAUCUCUUAAGUAGUCAUGAGAAUUUGGCCCCUUAUUGAGCAUAAUCAUGCCAGUGAGCAGGGGAAGCUGCAUGUAUAUGUUAGAGAUGUUAGUUAUGAAGGUGAACUAUUAUGAUGUGUGUAUGAACUUUGUUGAACAAGAAAACAAGUUGAGCUUGUGAUUCCAUGUCAUUUGUGUGAUAUUGUUAAAUUUACAGACUAAUGUUAUGAAUGCUUUUGAA